AUGGAGACUCUCCAGACCUCCCCAAUUCUUGGAACCUUUACUGGGGCUGAGGUGCCUUCCCAUCUUACUAGUAAUAGUCAUAUACUGCGAUUGGAAUUUCAGGCAGACCACUCAAUGUCAGGACGUGGCUUUAACAUCACUUAUAACACAUUUGGACAUAAUGAAUGUCCUGAUCCUGGAAUACCAAUCAAUGCACGGCGGUUUGGAGACAACUUUCAAUUAGGAAGUUCAAUUUCGGUUAUUUGUGAAGAAGGAUUUAUUAAAACCCAGGGAACAGAAACAAUUACAUGUAUCCUUAUGGAUGGAAAAGUAAUGUGGAGUGGACCCAUUCCAAGAUGUGGAGCUCCAUGUGGCGGCCAUUUCUCAGCUCCCAGUGGAUUGAUUCUCUCACCAGGAUGGCCAGGAUACUAUAAAGACUCUUUGAAUUGUGAGUGGGUGAUUGAAGCUGAACCUGGACACUCUAUCAAAAUUACAUUUGAAAGAUUUCAGACUGAACUGAAUUAUGAUGUUCUGGAAGUCCAUGAUGGGCCAAAUCUUCUGUCACCCUUGCUUGGAUCUUACAAUGGUACCCAAGUGCCCCAGUUUCUAUUCAGUAGCAGUAAUUUUAUAUACCUUCUAUUUACGACAGACAACAGCCGUUCUAAUAAUGGUUUCAAGAUUCACUAUGAAAGUGUUACAGUGAACACUUAUUCUUGCUUGGACCCUGGCAUUCCUGUACAUGGCCGUCGCUACGGUCAUGAUUUCUCCAUAGGUUCUACUGUUUCAUUUAGUUGUGACCCAGGAUAUAGGCUUAGCCAUGAAGAGCCUCUUCUAUGUGAAAAAAACCACUGGUGGAGUCAUCCACUUCCAACCUGUGAUG